UGUUCAUAACAUUUUAUAGUCAUAGAAGCUAUGCAAAUGUCUAUGCAAACACUGCCAGGGGUUUAGCCCCAAUAACUUUUGAAAGAGCAUAUGCAAUUACCUCUCUUUCAUAAAAGAGAAUCACAUUCCUUGGUGACUUAUCUGACAGCUUCCCAGCAUUUUGUUACUGGAAACAGCUAUUUCACAACUGAGACAGGAACUGUGUACAAUAUAUAGGGUAUGAUCUAAGUGGCUGGGCACACAACAGAAGGUCCCUUCUUUUGACUGCAUCUCACUGUCAUUGAUCACUUCAGCACCAUGAGAACAACAGCCUUCAUCUUACUUGUGGCUCUGGCACUUGCAUCCAUGUUCAAAGUCCAUAAAUGCAGGCGUGCUUUCGUGGCCAGCAGAGAACCAUGGAGUUUCUGUGAAAAGAGGGGUCAUAAACAGAUAUGGGAUAUGCCAUACAGAGGAAGACGGCUGACUGCAGCCAUUAUAAAAAGCUGUCUCCAGAAAACACAGCUUGUAUUGCCUCCUAUGACCCAAUUUGUGGAUCUGAUGGUAAAACGUACCAAAAUGAGUGCUACUUCUGCGUUGCAGUUAGGAAAACCAACCACAAACUGAAAUUUGCCCACUGGGGAAAGUGCUGAAAGUAUCUUCUCAUUGAAAAUACGUUUUAAUGUACCCACUGGUGAGAGGCACGUCCCUUUCCCAUAGAAUCUAUGCUGCGUUGCUUAACCUUGUUCCUGCAUGCUGACUCACUUCUAGAAUAAAGAGGCUAAAAUGAGAUAAAUGUGUGUUUGGCA